AUGAAAGUGAAUUGUGCUACAAGUUCAAGCCAAAUCUUAUGGACUGACAACAAGGAAGAGUUCAACACUCCAGGUUUUGGAGAGGAUGUAAAGACUGUUGUCCCAAUUGAGCCUGAUGAAUUGACAGACAGUGAUGAGAAGGCAGAUUUGGAAUGUACAGAAUUGCUUAAUGAAGAUGGUGCAAAUGCCUUGUUUGACUCUCUGUCUGUUGGACUCUCAGCCUGGCUCCUUAAUAUCAAGAACUGGAAACAACCUACAAAGUACAAGAAAUGGAUGUCCCUUGGGAGCAAUCUGGCAAUGGGCACAAAUUACAACCAAUAG